AUGGGGGCACAUGGGGGACGGGUUGGCUGUAAGCUGCUCAGAUGUCAGGGCUCAUCUGCCAUGUGGGAAAAGCGAUUCCAGAUCAGAUGGGCGCUGCAGGGUCGCCGGGUAACCACUCACACUCUUGACGCCCCCCCGGCAGCCGGCAGCCGGACGCGUCUGGGGGACUGUGUUAGCAUUAGGAUGAAGGCACCACCGCCACACACUGGCGUGCGGUCGGACUUCAACAAACGGAUUCCAAGCAAUGGCGGUAUGCGCUGUUGGGGAGCGCGUCGCGCGCAGCACUCUGUAUACAGCGGCGCGCCUGAGGGGAGUUUGUACUCGUGGGGCCGGGCUUGCGAAAGAGCGGUCGCUGGCUUGCUGGGUGGGCCGAGGCGGAUGCCGUACGCAAGCCGCCACGUCGCUGGGGGAAAUGCAGAGGCUGGGUAUGGACAUGAAGCACGAGGGUCUAAUGCAGGAACACGCCGGCGGCUGGCCCGUAUGCAGAAAACCAGUCUCCCCAUCUACGAUAGCGCGCGGGAUGAUUGGUUGUGGGCCGGGUCCGGGGCAUGA